AUGGCAGCCAGAGCGGGGUUUGUUCUGAGGCAGUUGUUCCCUUUGCCAGUGAUGUAUACAGUGGGUCAGUCCACAGGGUACAGAAGCCAAGAAAAAUCAUUUCUUGCGGAUGGCUCAUUGAAUCAUAUCUUCACCAGAGGUUUGCCAGUGGAGAACAUGAUUCCGCUGGACAUAAUCAGUAUGUUAAUGGGAACGCCACCUUCUCGCCAGACCCCAGAAUGGUGUGAUAAAAUUGGGGAUUUACUGAGAAGAGAUCCAUGUCAUCCCACCAACCUACUCAAUGAUAAACUUGUGGCCUUCCUUGGCCAAUCCAUGAUCCUAAAUCAUUUCAAAGAUACAUUCCCUCUUGUACGCGAGACUUGUGUUUCUUCUGCUUGUCCUUGGCAAUCAGAGUCUCAAGCCAGUUUGUAUUAUACUCGGACUACUGACAAGAAUGAAAUACCAUCAACGGACUUUCGUGAUCUUCAGGAAAAGAAGGCUUCUUGUGAUAAAAACACUUAUGUGAUGGAUGUCCAUGCAACAUGUGAUGAAAACACAGAUCAGAACUUUAGAAUCAGUUACUUGAGGCCAUCACUGACACACUGUAUUGACUGUAUAAUUAAGAAAAAUCAUAUUUCAUCCAAUUCUCUGUAUGUUUUAAGUGGGCCUGUUUUCAGGAAGUGUUUAAUAUCACCGUGGAUUAUGCCAGUUUACCGUGAGACUCUUAUCAUGUUGGGAUUUCAGAGUAAUAAUGCCACAGCCCAUCAUCAACUGCUGAUUGAUGCUGUUGAAAAGGCUAUAAUGUCUCUAGUGACUUUUACAUCCAGUGAAUCUAUUUGUUUUGUUAAGAAUGAAUUAGAAUCCUGUACAAAUGUGAACCCUUUAACUGCUCACCAGAAGCUUACUGAUGCACAUUAUACGAUUAAUAUGUCAGCACCUGCUUGUAAUGGAGAUCAAGUUGUAGGACGCAUAAUUUCAGUUUUACCAGGGCAGCUAAGUAACAACUUUGGUCUUCUACUGGUGACAAUUAAUAUAGACCUAAUAACCUUGCUUCUUUUAGAUGUCCCUGAUUGGCGACUGCUCUGGACAGCAGAUGCUCGAUUCAUGCAACAGUACAAGUUUCACCAGCUAAAACCCUUUCAAACCUUAUCUUUGUAUCCGCCAUAUUAUGUUCAUGAUGUCAGCUUCUGGGUCGGUGAAGGCUCAGUGUUUGAUGAUAUAGAGUUUCACACUAUUGUCCAAAGAGUCUCCAAGGGGACUGUUGUUCGCAUUCAGCUACAGGAUCGAUUUGAGAACUCCACAGCCAGAAAGACCAGCCUGUGUUAUCGGGUUAUCUAUCAGUCUUGUGAUAGGGCUCUUUCUUAUGAGGCAGCAUCAGCAAUGCAACUGCUAUUAAGGGAAGAGCUGCAACGGUGUCUAAGUGUCACGCUUAGAUAGUAAACUGCUGUGUGCAUGACAGCAAAACCUUGCUCCAUGUUAACAAGAAAAAAUGGUCACUUUAUUAGGUAUACCUGUAUAAUUGGUUGUUAACACCAAUAGUUAAUCAGCCAAUAACAUGACAGCAACCCAAUGCAUUUAGGCAUGUCUAUGUAGUUCAAACAUCAAGUCUUCCAGUCUUCCAUUGUCCGGUUUCUGUGAUCCUGUGAAAAUUGUAGCCUUAGUUUCCGGUUCCUAGCUGGCAGGUGUAGAACCCGGUGUGGUCUUCUGCUGCUGUAGCCCAUCUGCUUCAAGGAAUGGUUUUAUGAGUUACUGUUGCCUUUCUGUCAUCUCGAACCAGUCUGCCCAUUUUUUCUUUCACUUCUGUAAAGUAUUUUUCAAAUAAAAGUCAGAAACUGUG